UCCGCCUGUCAACCGCAGCCGACCUUCGGCUCCGAGUGGGCCAGAGCCGCAGGGUUUUUGUUGUGUCCGUUUCUCUUGCGGGAGGCUCUGGGCAUUUGGGGCGGGGGGUUGAGCAGCGCUACGAUGGCGUCCGGGAGCGGCGCGGAGGGAGAGGCCGUCAGCGGGGCUCAGCUCAUCGCUGAGUCCCUAAAGGCUCAAAAUAUUGAAUAUAUGUUUGGCAUUGUUGGUAUUCCCAUCACUGAAAUCGCAGUUGCAGCCCAAGCAAUUGGAAUAAAAUACAUAGGAAUGAGAAAUGAACAAUCUGCCUGUUAUGCUGCCUCUGCUGUUGGGUAUUUGACUGGCAGACCAGGAGUAUGUCUUGUAGUGUCUGGUCCAGGUUUUUUACAUGCCCUUGGUGGGAUGGCAAAUGCAAACAUGAACUGCUGGCCUUUGAUUGUUAUUGGAGGCUCUUCUGACAGGAAUCAGGAAACCAUGGGAGCUUUCCAAGAAUUCCCACAGGUGGAAGCUGGUAGGCUGUACAACAAAUUAACUGUCCGUCCAAGCAGCCUAGAAGUUAUUCCUGCUGUUAUUGAAAAGGCCGUAAGGACCAGCAUAUAUGGUCGUCCAGGUUCCUGCUAUAUUGACAUACCUGGGGAUUUUGUAAAUCUUCAGGUGAAUAAGAGCUCUGUCAAGUACAUGGAAUGCUGCCUGCCACCUCCCAUCAGCAUGGCUGAGCAAUCUGCUCUAUCCAAAGCAGUGUCUCUUAUUGCUCAUUCCGAGCAGCCUCUGUUAAUCAUCGGGAAAGGUGCUGCUUAUUCACAUGCUGAAAACAACAUCAGAAAGUUGGUGGACCUUUGUGGGCUGCCUUUUUUGCCUACACCAAUGGCAAAAGGAGUAGUUCCUGAUAACCAUCCAAACUGUGUAGCUGCAGCAAGAUCCACGGCAUUGCAGCAUGCUGAUGUAAUCAUAUUACUUGGUGCCAGGUUGAACUGGAUUUUGCACUUUGGCCUUCCACCAAGGUUUCGACAGGAUGUAAAGGUUAUUCAGAUUGAUAUUUGUGCAGAAGAGCUGGGGAAUAAUGUGAGGCCAGCUGCAAGUUUAUUAGGUGACAUAAACACAGUGACUAAGCAGCUUUUAGAAGAAUUCAGCAAAAGACCGUGGAAAUAUCCUUCCAGUUCACUGUGGUGGAAGAGGCUAAGAGAGAAAAUAAUGAACAAUGAAGAAAAAUCAAAGGGAUUAGAAUUACAGAAAUCACUGCCUAUGAAUUAUUACACUGUCUUCCAUCAUAUGAGAGAGCUGUUACCCAGGGACUGCAUUUUGGUAAGUGAGGGAGCAAACACCAUGGACAUUGGACGCACUAUGCUUCCAAACUAUCAUCCCCGUCAAAGACUUGAUGCAGGUACAUUUGGAACAAUGGGAGUCGGACUGGGUUUUGCUAUAGCCGCUGCAAUGGUGGCUAAAGAUAGAACACCUGAAAAACGAGUGAUCUGCGUAGAAGGAGAUAGUGCUUUUGGGUUUUCUGGCAUGGAAUUGGAAACUAUUUGCAGAUACAACUUGCCAGUCCUGAUUAUUGUAGUGAACAACAAUGGGAUUUACACUGGUUUGGAUACAGAUGCUUGGAGGGAGAUGUUAAAGUUUGGAGAGCCUGCUACAUGUAUACCUCCUGUUUCUCUCCUGCCAAAUUCGCACUAUGAGCAAAUUAUGUCUGCCUUUGGAGGUAAAGGAUACUUUGUUAAAACACCAGAAGAACUGCAGAAUGCUCUGAAAGCAAGCAUGGCUGACAAGCAAACACCUUCUCUUAUAAAUGUAAUGAUUGAUCCACAGUCUGAGAGAAAGAAACAGGAAUUUCCCUGGCUGACUCGUUCUAACAUGUAAUGGAAGAUGAAGAGAAUGGUGAUGCAAAGCAAUGCAUUAAGCAAAACUAAACUGGCUUGCAGGAGUAAAACUGGUACAGCUGUAUUUUAUAUACACAGUGGAACAAAUUAGGAUUUUAUAACUUAAUUUCAGCAUCUAAAGAUUACUCUAAUAUCAGUAAUUGUAAAAUGAACAAGACACAUUUGAAAGUAUACCUGACUUCCUAGCAGAUUGCACAGAAACAUGGAUGAUAAAAUUUCUCACUUUUUCUUUUACUCAAAGUGCUACACAUCAAGAUUUGUGAAAUAAAAUCUUAGAUCCUGUGGAAGAAGGGAAGAAGCUGAGGGGUUUAUACUGUUUUGAAACAUAAGUCCUUGGCAUUCUGUAAUUACAAUAGCUUCAUUUUUUAGUUGACCAUCGUGGUACUUAUUAGAGUGCUUGUCCUCUAAGGAUGAAAACUGACUAUCUGAUUGUGAGAGUGAUGAUUGGUCUCACUGUGCAUUGAAGCCAGCUGGCAACACAAUCACUUCAUAAUUUUACAGGUUGCUUUCUCAGCUUUGGCUCCAGAAAAAUGGGUGGUGUAGCAAAAAUGCAGACUUUCUCAAGGACUGAAUUUCUGUUGAUUGCAGUAAGCUUUUUUUUUUAUGGUCUGUUAACUGGGACUUGUGCUUGGAGGGAAAAAAAACCUAAAUUUUUAUAUUUGAAGUUUUACUUUUUGCAAACACACUAUCAGCCCUGUAGACUUAAAAUAGGACUGCCAUUAGUAAUGAGCUUUCCAGGAUUAAUAGUUUGUAAAUCUUUAUAAUCAGAGGCUUAAAAAAAGUGUUAGGCUGGAGCUUAAUGUUAGUUUGGCUGGCAUCACAAAGCGACAGCCAGCAUUCAGACCGUGUCUGGCCAAUUUAGCAACAAAGGUUCUUCCAUAUAAUGCAUUUACUGUGUAGAAACUUUGAAACUGGUAGGAAAACUUGCACUGACUGAGAUGCAGAACUGGUAUAGAUUGGCCUAUCUGCGAUUGUAUCUACUCCUGUGUUUUCACCUGUUGUUGCAUCUGACCUUCUGACUUAGAGCUCUAAACUUAAAAGCAAAGCAGCUCUUUCAUUGCUUCUGUAAUGGCCUACAACAGCUACUUUUCAGUGUACUGCUAAGCAGGUUAUUUUAAUUUUAUAUUUGUCAUUAAAUACCCUGGAAGUUUUUUUGUUGUUACAUAUGUUUAAGGGAAAUUCUGGAUCUGACUGGUUGACCUUUAUUGCCAGUUAUUCCAUUGAUAUUGAGUGUGAAUUGUGGAAGACACUUGAAGGACCCAAGGAAGAGAAGCAUUGGGCUGGCAGGGGGAUCCUGGGCUGCAGUUAAGUUUGGUGCAAAAGACUGAGCUUGUGGGAGGUUCUUGCACUUGGGUCUGGAUCUGACAGGAGGCCAUCGGAUACUGUUAGGCAGGAGAACGUCUCUGCACCCUUGUGCAGAAAGGCAGUAUCUGACAUGAGCAAGAGUACUGCGGUUGGACUGGAGGUAAUGCUCCCCAUUGUACGGAUUGGAGUAGUUACAUGGCGCUAUGAGCCAUUAAAAGUAGUAUCUAUAGGAGGGGUAAGCGGUACAAAAAGAUACAACCCACAUAAUGGAUCUGAUUCACAAAGGAGUGCCAGACUGUGGAGCUGGCAGUGUUUCUAUGUUCUGUGUGGGUCCUCUGCAAGGAAUGUAGAGUGAAAUUAUGCAUUGAAUCUUGUCACAGAUUUUACUUAUUUUGUUCUUUUUAACUCUGAACAAAUUAAUUUUAAUAUGUUGCAGUGAUUAAACACAAUACACUAUGAUGAUAUAAAAUGUCUAUAAGAGAUGAUGUUGGUACACAGGAGACAUUAUUUGCUUUGGUUAAGCAAAUGCAGAAAUUCUUGUUUUAUACUUGAAAAUCAAUAAAAAGUGAUUCUUA